AUGAGUAAAGAUACCGAUAAAACACGUCGUUUCAUAUUAAUUUCCUUCUGGACUGUUAUUAUACUCGCGCUUCCAUUAUGGUGGAAAACAACCGAAAUAUAUCGCGCUCAAUUACCUUUUACUGAGGUGGAACAGUGGUCAAGUUGGGAGGUUUCUCAUCUCGAGUUUCCGACGCUGUUCACACUUCAUAUAGCCUCAAAAGGCCAAGAAACAUUUAGCUUUAAGGAAUUAACCAGUAGUUUGCAAGAACAUCUAUUAUCUUCGUUUAAUUUAACCGAGACUAAUCAAACUAUAAUCAAAACAAUCGCCCAAUUUCCAGUAAAAGUCGAAAGUAGACCAUGGCAAAUUUGGGAAGAAAGCGAAAGUGGUAAUCGAAUGGUAUGGGUGUUUAUGGGAGAUAUGGAUUUAACAAAUUUACGCCUUGAUAGUUUGACCAACAAUGGUCAUUACGAUAUUUAUAUAUUACCUCGAGCUGACUCGAAUGUAUUGCAUGUAAGAAAUAAUCGACAAGCUAUUUUACAAAUUGCUACAAAUAAGUGGAAUCGAGACGUAAUUGAAAAAAUUCUCGCUCAUCUUAUUCCGAGUUUUUUCGCUGAGGAGCAAAAAACCAUCAAACAAUUUGUGUUUGAGUCUUCUUUUGAGGCCAAGGCGGAUGACCCAUCUAGCAUGCGUACUUUGAAGUAUUCGCCACUUUAUCAAAUUACAUUUAGUCUAAUGAAUGGCGAUCCUUCAGAUUCGCUAGUUGAUUGGGAAAUCGAGGAAGCAGUUUCAACAUACUUGAAACCAUUCCUAGAUGAAACUUCUGUAGUUUCUAAUUUCACUAUAGACUCUCAAAUUCAACAUUACGCGGCUCUCACUUUUGAACCAGAACAUAAGACUUUUAAUGAUGAGAAUAUUGAUGAUGCUGCAAAUUUCGCCCGUUCAUAUUAUUUUUUGACUCCAGAGUCUCUGCCGCAUUUUAUUAAUUCUGCUGAAUGGAAUUUGGCCUCGGCUGUAUCAUCAUAUCCUACCAUGAAUUUUAUUCUUUAUGUUCCGUCAAAGAAGCAGAGUCCUCUUUAUAUUCAUGAUUCAAAAGGUGUUUUUACUGAAAAUAAUGCAUUUUUAAUACCUCGGUGGGGUGGUAUUGUUAUCAGUAAUCCCGAUACAUCUAACGGAACUUACAAGUUCACAAUUGAGGAACUCAAACCAGUAAUGGAGAUAUUUGUCUCACAGCUUAGAGGAUUAUUGGGAGUGCAAGAGUUCAAAAGUGCAUUAUCGCCAAUUCAGCUUUCAGAAUAUUCAAUUGAAAUCAAUUAUGCAUCACCGCCUCAUACAGCUAUAACAUUAUGGGAAUUUGAUAAUUUAGUUCGUCGACGUAUUGCUGAAAAUAUUGUUGCAGCAGUUUCUACACUAAAGUCACUUUCACAAUUAGUUAGCGAAAUUCCUAAUAUGGUAGUAUUGGAUCAUAUUCAAAUAGAGGUGUUGAAUGCCUUGGAAAGUUUAAAACAGUCAUGCAUAAGUUUGCGAGAAAUGCGCUAUGACCUCGCCUUAGAUUAUGCGAAACAAGCUAUCAUGAGAUCGGAAUCCGCCUUUUUUGAUCCAACAAUGGUUUCGAUGUUGUAUUUCCCCGACGAGCACAAAUACGCUAUAUAUAUGCCGUUGUUUGUGCCUAUUUCAGUUCCAUUGUUAGUCGCUGUUAUAAGAGAAGUUCGAGAGCUAAAAGCACGUAAAAAUGUAAAGCAAUAA